AUGUCGGUUUGCCUGCCACCCGAAUUAGAGCGCAAGAUCUUCGAGGCCGCCGUUGGCGACAGAGCAAAGGAUAUUCCGAAUCUCAUGCUCGUUGCCUGGCGCGUCAAACAUUGGUUGGAGCCUCUACUCUACCGGAGUCUGAUUAUUUACAAGUCCGGUUGGAACACACACCCCUCGAUGCGGUCCGGUCAAUUCCUGACCAUACCCCGCCCGCGAACGGAGAUCGUGCGCCAUCUGUUGCUGCAGGAGAGCGUCCCCCGUGUGGAGUGCGAGCGCAUACUCGCCAAAUGUCCGAACCUCACAGCGCUUUAUACCGUCCAUCUCCUCGCAGAUUCAACCACCUUUGCUAGCCUCACGCGCAUCGACUGCCCACCCGCGGUCCUGGAGCUGCACCGCUCGGCAGACCUGCUUCCCACGCGCUUCCCGCGGCUCACGCACGUGCACCUAUUCGUGCCCGCCUCCGGCCCGUGGCACGUCGGGCCGGUCCCCGCCGCAUCAUGGCUGGCCCUCCGCCAUCUCCCCGCACUAACGCACCUCGCGUUCUCCACCACGCCCGGCCAGCAGGCGUGCGCGGACCUCCUCGCGCCGGACGGGUGUCCCAAUCUGCAGGUCCUGCUUUUCUUUUCUUAUCGCUCGACCGACGACUGGGGCCCCCGCCGUCAGUGGCGGCAGCAGCUCCGUAACGACCCGCGAUUCUUCGUUGUGGACGUUAUCCGCUCUCUUGAAGAUGAGCAUGAUCCACAGACACAGAUGCGCUGGCUUGCGGAUGCGUUGGAAGAUUUCUGUGGAGAUAUAUGGGAGCAGGCGGAGCGGAAGGCAGCGUUGCGAGCGAAAGGUACUGACGUGAACGACUUUCGGCUGUCCUCGGAGCCGAUAACACCGCCUUAA